UGUACUCCGUGAGUACGGAACAACAGAUUUCAUCUCUUGAAUCUGAUUUUAUCUGAGAAAUAUGUGGCAAAUUUGGUUAAUUACUGCGUUACAGAUCGUGUUGACGGGCGGCGAAACCAUCGAUAGCGAUCUCGUGCCACAAGGUCCCGACAUAAUCCUCAUCAACGGAACAAACCCCGUGGGACACUUUAAAUGCUACUGGCCAAAGCACGUGAAUCCGAACGUCAGCUGGAGCGAUCACGACUUGCUGGUUCAAACCGAGCAGCUGUACGCCACCCUCGGAGACCUUCCGUACGGAGUGUACAACCUUUGCCUGUUUUGCAGAACAGCAAAAUGUCUCGGUGCGUUUCGGAUGAAGCUUUCGGCCAGGGAGAGAGAAGUCCAGGAGAGUCGGAUAUCCUUUCUCGACGCGGACAUCGGUCUGGACUGUCCAAUGGUGGGUGCGGGGGAGUUUGGAGUUCAGUGGUUUGCGUUGCACGUGUCCACGUUUCGUGCGCCGGACUUGAACACCUACAUUUUGGCGGAUAGCUUUGCAAAGCUGGAGUCGGAACCGCAAUUUCCGGCGAGUAUUCCCUUCGGGACCAUCAACCAGGCGGACGGAACUUGGUCCAUGUGUGGAUGGAAGGAUUACCACGUUAGGUAUUGCGAGACCAUGUUUUUGAAGGUGUCGGUUGAUUUGGAGAAGGAUGAAAAGUUGGUUUUGGAAGAAUUGGUUCCGCGUGAGGACGAUCGUUUGGGAGUGGAAAUUGUAGUGGGAGUUGGAAUUGUUUUCGUGGCAAUGGCAAUCGUGAUAACGAUUUAUAAGUGUAGAAAAGGAAAUGAGACCAUUUUGAAGAACAUGCUACGAACUCCUACAACCAUGUCAUUCCCUGAAUCUGAGUGGGAGUUUGAUCGUGUAAAACUAACCAUGGAAGAACAACUUGGAGAAGGUGCCUUUGGAAGAGUGUUUUCAGCUCAGGCUCAGGAUUUGAUUCCUGGUGAAUCGACCACUAAAGUGGCGGUGAAGAUUCUCAAGGAGAACCACACGGGAAGCGAUGUUAAGGAUCUGCUGGACGAACUGGAGGUCAUGAAGAAGGUUUGCCGUCAUCCCAACAUCAUCAACCUGCUCGGUUGCUGCACCAAGGACGGCCCACUCUUUGUAAUCGUAGAGUACGCGCGUUACGGGAAUCUCAAGGAUUUCCUUCGUGAUCAUCGGCCAAAUGUGGGUGGCAUCAAGCCGGAUGAAUCGUACGUUCUCUCGAACGAUCAACUGAUCUCGUUCGCCCAUCAAAUCGCCUUUGGAAUGGAGCAUCUCUCGUCGGUGAAGUGCAUCCACCGAGACUUGGCCGCUCGGAACGUUCUGGUGAGUGAAGCGCUCACGAUGAAGAUCGCGGACUUUGGACUGGCUCGUAACAAGGACUACUACCGGAAGAGAACUUCCGGUAGGCUUCCGAUCUGCUGGAUGGCUCCGGAGUCGCUACAGGAUGGGUACUUCGACUCCCGGAGUGACGUGUGGUCCUUUGGAGUGGUGUUGUGGGAGAUUAUGACUAUGGGAGCACACCCGUUUAUGGCUAUUGAUACUUGGAAGCAGCUUCUCGAAGAUCUACAGCACGGCAAACGACUGGAACGACCUGGAGGUUGUUCGGACGACGUGUAUCGGAUCAUGAAGGACUGCUGGAUACUUCAGCCUGAACUACGACCAACGUUCAGCGAUCUUGUGAGACAGUUGGAUCACUUGUUGUACGGGGGAAUGAACGAGAUCUAUGAAGGAUCAUUACAUCCCGAACACAUUAUGAGUGUGGGUAAUCUUAAUUAUCUGGAAAUGAUGUACAAUGAAACGUUUGAAGAGUGAAUAAUAAAAUAAAUCAAAAUUGUCAGUUCCA